ACCUUAGCAUGCAUCGCCAUAUGCGAUGCACCCCCACUUUUGUAGAGUCUUGUGCCACACCUUCUAACAAAACCGAUUAGUCAUUUUGCUGGAACUUUCUAUUAAAUAUCGCUUAAAUUUUGUGUUCAGUUUAGAUAUAUAUAGAUUAUAAUUUCUCAGAUUCCAAACCCUCCAGUUCAAUCUGCAGCUCAAAAUAUUUCACGAGUCCGAGUACCUUGCCCAACCACAUUUACACAACCACACUUACACUUGAUAUUUAUACUUGGCAUUUACACAACUACACUUGCACUUGAGAUUUAUACUUGAGAUUUAUACUUGAGAUUUAUACUUGAGAUUUAUACUUGAAAUUUAUACUUGGCAUUCAUACUUGACAUUUAUACUUGACAUUCAUACUUGGCAUUUAUACUUGACAUUUAUACUUAUCACUUUAACCCAUACCAAACAUACUCCAAAGAGUAAACUCACUAAUACCUAAUACUUUACAUAAUUCGAAAUGGCUUCUCACACAUUACUGCCUCCUCUAUACCGGCAGAACACGGCUUCCAACCCUUCAGAUGUUGGGCACAUCCUGAAAUCUGAGCCAAAUACCAUUCCCUCAUCUCCCCCAAUCUACAUAGACAAAGAUUCCCUCACGGAAGGGUGUAUGGAAAAUUUACACACUCUCAAACGGGAACCGUGGAAAAAACUCGUCACUGAGAUCACAUUGACAAGCGCCCAUAACGAAGGCAGGGUGUACACGACCGGUGACACAAUAGCAGGCUACGUCACAGUCCAGAAUAAAAGCUCUAUCGAGGUUCCUUUCCGAUUAUUUUCCGUUUCAUUAGUGGGCUGGAUACACUUAACGAGCCAAAAACAGGCGAAGCGAUUUGUACACUUGGUCGAUUUCAGUGCGUCUUCCUCAGCGGACAUUGACACCAACUACACCAGGCCACCGGCUGAACGUGAAGGCGACCACUUUCUUGAGUUUCCGCCAAACAGGUUUCUCCAACCACACUCGAAAUACAAGCGCUACUUCCUGUUCACCUUCCCAGAGGACGACGAUUUGCUUGUGGAAGAGAUGUGCUGCCACGCCAACCAGCGUCAUGCAACGCUUCCACCAACCACCGAGAUUUUGACUCUUUCCCUGAAUACGCACUCGCUCAUUUCAUACUCCGUGCAGACUCAUAUAAUUAUCAACACCAUUAGCGAGGGCUUCCUCGUACGCGCGUUUGCAGAACGGAACCUUUUGUUCUCUCCUAGACAAAGUAGGGUACUGCGCUGCGACUCUGGAGGCGGAUUGAAGGAGUUUGUCGCGGGGUGUAAGAAGGUUAUGGACGAUCAGUUUGAGAAACAGAAGCGGAUGUGGAAGCAGCAGCAACGGGAACUUAUGGAGCGCAGAGGGACCAUCACCCCCUAUGAAUCAGCAGUCCAAUCCUCGUCUUCGUCCAUCUGCGAGGAAACCACUUCCAUGCCUAAGGCUGAGUAUGUCCGCAGUAAGAAGCCAACUGGUAGCUCCUGGAACCCACUUACAUCGCUUAUUCCACCAAAAUACAGGGCCGAAGAAUGGGAAAACGGGUACAAACCCGGGACCUACGAGUCAAAGUCGCGCUUCUUUGUAAACAGACCAGGCUUGCUCUCAUCAAAGUUGUCGGGCGAAUUGAAGAUCAAGAUAGUGAGCGCCGUUGAGCCUUUGCAGCUUUCCGCAUCACAGUUUUCCCACAAAACCGUAUCUUCCCCAGUUCCGUUGAAGCUUAGACUUGAAUACCACUCCUCCGAGUUGGACAAUGUUGAUGUCUCUUCUCCUCCGUCUAUUGUUUCCGUUUCAGGCUUGCUCAUUUCAGUGAUUGUUGAAUCCAAGAGCAGUGUGCACGACAUCCCGAUUAUAAACCUUUCAGGAGACGAAUUCUUCAAUAAUAACGGAAAAUCUUACAUUGCUAUAAAGCGUGAAUUGAAGGACACGGUCCUUCCAAUGUUGUUAAGUGACAAGGAAACGCAGCAGAAGUCUACAGGGGGAGGCCACGUUCCAAGAGAAGUUUCCGAGAAAUUGAUCAACGAUAUAGACUCUGUGUUGAAUGUUUCGCUUAUUAACAGAGAAUGUUACCCAGGAUUUGUCCAUAUUGAUCAGAGGUUGGUGGACUGCAAGAAUAGCACGUGGGAAUCACAGUUGAAGAACAGAAAGAAUAGCACCAGUGAGGUGUUUUUGAGCAAGGAAAUCGAAGUUUCCCUCAAUUUUGACGUUAAGGGUGGAUUCGCCGACAUGAACAGCCUUAAGUCAAAGAAUUCAACGAGCAAAGGUUCAAAGGCCAGAUUGACUCCGAGUUUCCAAACCUGUUUGGUGAGUAAGAUCUAUGUUGUAAGGUUGGACGUCAAGUUCUCCAACAAGGUCUGCGGGACCAUCCACCUCCCGGUCGAAGUUGUGUAACACCAGAUGAUAUAUAUAUAAAUUAUGAAACGAAUAAUGAGAUAAAAU